AUGUCCACGCCCGCAUUUAAUCCUGGGAAUCUUCCACACAACACAAUUCAUCUUGAUGAUCCCGAUGAAUUGGGGGGCAUCUGGAAGCAUCGUACUGGCGUGUACGAACUUGAGAUCACGUACCGCCAGCCACACCAGGGGCCGAUAUUGAUCCGUCAUCUGCGCGAUAUCGCGACCGGCAAGCUGAAGAACGAAGUGGCCUGGCUCACAGGAGAAGGUCUUUACAUAGACAAGAUUACUGCGGAGCGAGUCUCCAGAUACUCCCGAAGCGCCUGGUACAAGCUGGAGGAAUAA